GGCAAGGCUAAGGAGUAUUUGUUUGUCGGACCUUCUCCUCCUGCGGAAGAUGCACCUAAUAUGUACCACAGCUUCGAUGUCUUGGCACCAGACCCUGAAGCCAGACUAACCGAAGAAAUGGUUAGAAGAGGUUUAUGUGAAAAGGCUCUAACCCUGGGUGCCGGGCGUUUCUUCGAUGACGUAGAAUGUGGAUUGAUAACUGCGGACAACAUUGAAGAACAUAUUAGUUCAGCGCCUGAGAUAGUUGUGAAUUUAACUUUAUUGUGGGCGGCGUUUUUAACCAGAGAUGAAUUAUUACCUGCGAUAUUAGAUGGAGGAGCUGACAUUCACUACACGGAGCCGGCUGGGCUGACAGCUCUGCAUGUGGCGGCAUUCAGUGGCUCGGUGCGAUCUGUGUCAUAUUUAAUUGCUAGUGGAGCUGAUGUAGAUUUCGCACCCAAAUAUUUCACACCUCUUCAUUGCGCUGCUUUCGGAAACUGUUUGGAAGUUGCUGAGAUAUUAAUUGCUAACGGCGCCUCGCUACAUUCAGUGGUGCAGAGAGCCGGUUGUGAGGAUAAUCUCGUUCACUGCGCAGUACGAGCUGAUGCAGUCGAAUGUAUGGAACUUUUUAUUGAAAAAGGUGUCGACCCGGCAUACGCCACAUCCGGUGGUCUGAACGCUCUUCAUCUUGCGGCAGAACUUGGUGCACAACGUUGUUUAGCAUAUUUAUUAAAAGAAACUAGAAUAAGUGUAAAUGGUGUUACUAAGCAAAGGGACAAGGAAUGUACAGCUAUACAUUUAGCUGCAGCUAGAGGUUACUCCGAAUGUGUGGAGAUUCUUUUGGCGGAUGGUGCUAAGGCUAAUACAAAAAACUACAGAGGUUUCACAGCGCUGCAUCUUGCAGCGAGGUGUUCCAGUCUUGAGUGCGUUGAAGUUCUGCUAAGGGAUGGUAAUGCAGAUCCUAAUUCCGAAGACUAUGACAAGAGAACACCACUUCAUGCGAGUAUCUGUCGCUCGGAUCGUGCCAGCGAUAUAAUAGACAUGCUCGUCAGUUGGGGCGCGCAAGUAAAUAAGAAAGAUGAAUAUGGAUAUUCCCCAUUACAUCUCGCUGCUAUGGAUAGUUUGACUCAAUGUGUAGAGACUUUAAUAUUUCUAGGAGCAGAUGUUACUUCUAAAUCAAAGAAAGGACACACAGCGCUCAGUGUUAUCGCUCGAAAAACUCCCAAGUCACUUGCUAUAUUGAGACAUAAUCUCGACACAGGUAUUUCAUUAAGUCGUCCUACAGAAAGUAACGAAGAAGUGCAAAUAGAAUUUGAUUUCGGAAAAUUAUUGAAAUUCUCUUAUCCACGUGAGAUAACUUAUUUGAACAGUUUGAUUGAUGAGGGACAGAAAGACAUUUUGCUCCACCCUCUUUGCUCAGCUUUUCUAUUUAUGAAAUGGCGAAAGAUAAGAAAAUUCUAUUUAGCGAGACUCAUAUUUUGCUUCCUGUUUGUUUCGUUCCUGUCUAUUUAUGCAUUGACAGCGGUUGUUAAGACUUGUAAAGGAAAUUAUUCCAAGAAAUAUGGAGUGCUCAACGAAUUAUGUCAGAAGCAAUCAUUACUCGGUGAUAUUUUAGAAGAUAAUCCAAUAGAAUUUGAACGAUGGAUACUUAUCGCUAUCACGGCAUUUGAAAUAGUCAGAAAGCUUACAGGCAUAACUGGGUACUCUAGCAUAUAUCAGUACUUCAGUACAUUCGAAAACUUGAUGGAAUGGUUUGUUUUGUUAUCUGUAUUUUCUUUGUACAACAUACAGAAAGACUACGGUUGGCAAAAUCAUGUCGGUGGCUACGCCGUUCUUGGUGCUUGGACAAAUUUAAUGUUACUAAUGGGUCAACUGCCGAUGUUUGGUGAUUAUGUGGCGAUGUACCAGAAAGUUCUGUCAGAAUUUCUAAAACUGUUGUUAGCUUACAUUUGCUUACUUCUCGGAUUUACAAUAUGCUUCUGUGUCGUGUUCCCGAAUGAAGAGAUGUUUUCUAAUCCGCUAAUGGGUUUUAUAAGUACACUCUCAAUGAUGGUUGGUGAGUUAAAUUUGAACAUAUUGAUAAACGAUCCGAUGCAGGAUGAUCCGCCCUUAAUUUUCGAAUUGUCUGCUCAGUUCAUAUUUAUUCUAUUCCUCAUGUUUGUUACUAUAAUAUUAAUGAACUUGCUAGUUGGUAUAGCAGUUCACGAUAUCCAAGGUCUACGAAAAACAGCAGGAUUGUCCAAGCUAGUGCGACAGACUAAAUUGAUUUUGUUUGUAGAAAUGGGUUUAUUCAGCGCCCUUUUGCCUAAGUGUCUACAUAAGUAUGUUUACAGAACGGCUCUUGUUUCACCUGAAGCUGGUAAAGUUAUAUUAAGUGUAAAACCAUUGAAUCCCAGAGAGAAGAGAUUACCAACAGAUAUUAUGAUGGCUGCAUACGAAUUGGCGCAAAUAAACAAAGUGAAGGCGGGGAGAUCUGUGAAAGAAAUUUUGUAUAACAAUAAAUAUUCUUCGAAGUUUAAGAAGGAAUCUCAAGGAAACGAUCACGUGUUUAACAUAGAAUUGCGAGGAAUGCAGGAGAAAAUCGAUCAGACGACGUUUAAUUUAAAGAAAAUAGAUCAAGAGAUGAGACACUUGAAUACUUUACUAUUGGAACAACAAAAUUUGCUCCAGAACAUUCUGAAAACUACGGACAAAAUGAAUACGCAUUCGGUACAAUAUUACCCGGAAUCGCCAGUUUUCUUUCCAAGUAGUAACUGUUCCGAUAUUACAUUGAAAUAGAAAAACAAAUGUUGUUUCAUUUGUGUCCAUAAGUGAAUACCUGAGAUUUCGUAUUUAUAUUAGAAAAAGAUAAUACUAGUCCAAAAUUCACAAGGCCAUAAUAAUUAUUUUGUAACUAGAACAUAGUUGUAGUUAAGUAGGACUAAGAAAUCUUCAAUGCAAGUUUACAAUUUGCGCCUACUGUAAAAAUACAAGCAAAAAUUUAUUUUAUGUUAAGAAUUGCUAUUUUGUAAUUAAGUA